AUGUUCAUAGACACCGCUGCCGCCAACGCCGGCUCCAAGGCUAAAGUCGCUCGAGCUCCUCAAAGUACAACUCGAGAUUCCGAAGAAACAACACCCCUUCUAGAAACAUUCGUUGGUCAGGAUCCACCACCUACCUACCUUGAAGCUACCACACCCAAUCCAUGGAAUGGUCGGCCGAGUGGAGAUGAAGCUACUCGCUUACUGUCCUUCGAUGGGCGAGGCACACCAGUUCCACUGCUUGCCCGCUCGUCGGAUGGAAUGUAUAAGGGUGGAGCGUACCAGCGGCGGAGCCUCCGAGAGCAUUGCUCCCGAAGACGGAUGAUUAAAUACAUCGCUGCCAAAAUCGUCUCGCCCAUCCCAGCAUUACCAUCACAACCACAAGAGGGAUAUCCCAUUCGCUGGCCUUCAAAUUGUAAGAAGGAUUAUAACACAAACACUGCGGAGUUCAACUUCGGUAUGCCUCCCGAGUUGCGCAUUCAAGAGGCAGUCCACCAGCUAGACGGCCCCUACAAACGCGUAUCUGGUUGGAUCCACGUUGUUAGGGCACCAGCAGAUCAACCAGCGGGCACAGUCCAAGCAAAGCUUGCCUACGCAGUUUCCCAAUCAGUCGAUAUCGACAGUAUUAAAUAUGCUUCGACAGAGACAGGUCUAACCAUUGGUGACCCUGUCGUUCCAGACGUUGGAGACAGCGUUAAACCCGGUACAGCAUGCUUAGGCAUAUCUGUCGUUGUAUACAUUGCCCCAGGAGCGAAGCUAGAGAACUUCAACGUAGCAUCAGUGCAUCUGGGUAUGCAGAUACAUCAGGGAGUCGACUUCUCGGUUAUCAAUGCGACCUCGAUAUCCUUGACAACUGGAACCUUGGAUGCUCCUCCAUUCAACUCCCGUGAGACGAGGCUCGAGACGAUAUCUGGGUCCAUUAGUGGUAAAUACGCUCUGCUCGACCUUCUCUCUAUCAAGACGAAGAGUGGGUCUGUAAAUGUCAACGUCGCGCCCAAAAAGGCAGGGAAGGAAGGAUCUGAACCAGCCAUCUUCCUAGCGAGCUCGCUAUCUGGAAGCAUCCGGGCUGAUUUUGAACGGAAGAAAAUUCCAGACCGAGAUUAUCAAGUGUCGAUUGAUACUAAGGUCGGUUCGGUGGAUGGGACAUUCAUCCAUGGUUCCACGACGGUGAUCCAGUCUAUUGCUGGAUUCAUUACCGCUGACAUACUUCCUUUCGAAGCUGGCUCGUACGCAUCAACAAUUGAAACCUCUACUUCCUCGGGACAGACGAAGCUGAAGAUCCGACCACCUUAUGUAAACCCAGGGACUGCACUAAACAAGCUUACCAGCACGCAUAAGAGUAUCUCAGGUGCAAUGGACUUGACCUAUCCACAAGAAUGGGAAGGUCAUCUUGAGGGUAGCACUCUUAAUGGAAGUCUUCAUCUCGAAGGACGAGAUCUCGAGCUAAUUCAUCAGGGCGAAGAUGUGCCCGGUGGAAGUCGAGUCGAAGCUAAAAAGGGUGGCGGAGGCAGUAAUAUGUUGUUCAAAACCGUCAGCGGAAGCUGCGAGGUCAAGGUUGGAAACCUCUGA